AUGAUCUAUUUGCUCACCCUAUUCACACUAACACUUUCUUUUGAACUCCCUGUACAACAACAAAUUUCUAAUACUUUCCCAACAGUCUGGGAAGAUUUCGGAAUUUUGCGUUGCGAUAAGUCGUGUGAAUUGGACGGCCAGGUUAUGGAAUUAAAAACCGAAGAGGAAGGACUCUAUUACAUCAAAGUUGGUGAAUUAUUUACAUCGUUCCCCAUAUCGAGUGGUAAGGACAAGAACAUUGGAGGUGUUUUGUAUAUCUCACUUGGACUGGACAAUGUCGAGAAUAUUGGAAUUGAUAAGAACACUACAAGCAACACCAUAACAGUACAAACAAUUACAGGUAAACCAUUCCCAACUACUAAAUUAGAAAAGAGACCACCAGUGGAAGAGGAAAAGAGUUUCUUUAGGAAGUAUUGGCCUUGGUUAUUGGGAGCUGGUGUGCUUUUCUUCUUCUUGAGUAAGUAA